AUGGCAGGUCGAAUUAAGUUAUUAAUUCAAAAGCGAACGUCGUUAAAAUCUCAAAUUACGGGUUUGAUGAAUCUGGUUGAGAGAGGCAGUUACGAUAAGGCCGCGUUAAGAUUAAGGAUGGCCCGCAUAACCGACUUGUAUCACGCGUACGAAGAAUUUAACGACGAGCUCGUACUAUUAGAUCCGAACGACACUCAUAAAGACGAAUUCACUAACGUACAGGAAAGAUUUUAUUCACUCGCAAGUAAAGUGGAAGAGAUAGUAAGUUCCACCGUUUCGACCGCGAGUACCGGUGUCACUAUUAGCGCGUCGCAACCCAGCGAUUCUGAGACCACGGCGAUCGUAAAACGGCGAGUAAAAUUGCCGGAAGCGUCUCUACCGAAAUUUGACGGCCAAUACGAGAAUUGGCUGUCCUUUAAAAAUACUUUUCUCGUUAUGAUCGAUUCACAAACAGACUUGAGCGAAGUACAAAAAUUGCAAUACUUAAAAUCGGCGUUAACGGGCGAGGCAGCUAAUAAAUUAAAGAUUCUAUCGAUCGAAGGCUCAAAUUAUCAAAAGGCAUGGGAACUGUUGAAACGCUCGUACGAAAAAAGGAGACAACCGACAGCUUGUCCAAGCUUGCCGACGACGCGCAGCGUAGCAUCGUUAGCCGCGUUAGGAGUUAACGUGGGGUCCGAGAUACUUGUAAACGUACUAGAAAGCAAAUUACCUAAGAUCGUAGCGGAAAAAUGGGAGGAAUCUCUGGAUCGGGACGAAUUUCCGAAGAUCGACGAUCUAUACGAAUUUUUAUAUAGAACCGCAGUUCGCAUAUCUAAGCGUGUUCGUGUGGGAACGACCAAACAAGCCGACAGAUCGACACCUCCCGGGAAAAAGGCGCGGAUAUCCAACAAGGCAUUUGUGGUUAAUAUUGCGAAUAAUUGCCCAGCGUGUAAAAAUAAGCAACAUCCGUUAUUUAAGUGUGACAAUUUCAAGCAAUUAUCUGUGCCGAAGCGCAUCGAAUGCGUGAAAAACGCGAUGCUUUGUUACAACUGCUUACGUUCACAUCGUGGUAAACCUUGCAAUCAUUCGCACUGUAGCAUUUGCCAAGGGCGACAUAAUACGCUUUUACAUCUUGAGAAAACCCAAGUCGCAUCCACGACAACGGACGCGACGGACGUCAAGGGGGAACAAGACUUAGUUCCGUCGGAAACUUUCCCGCGAGAUUCCAUCACAAUACCGUCCAAUAUAAAAUUGGUUGAUCCAGAGUUUCAUUUACCGCGUCCUGUUGAUUUGCGGAUUGGUGCGGAGGUGACAUUGUCGUUAUUCUCCAUAGGCCAGAUCAAUUUAUCGAUACGAGAUAAUGAUUUAUAUCUACAAAAGACUUGUCUCGGCCGGGUCGUUGCAGGCGGAAGCUCGUCGCGGAAUCAGCCGAAAACUGCGAUAUGUAAAUUAACUGGUCUAGAUCAACAGAUCGCGAGAUUCUGGGUGAUUGAGGAGAUAUCUGAUCCCACCGUUACGCCGAAAUCUAACGAGGAACUCGAAUGCGAAGAGCAUUUCACUAAGUUUGUUACUCGCAACCGCGACGGUCGCUAUACGGUGAGACUACCAUUUCGCAAGGAUAAGAUGAGCCUCGGCGAUUCGCGAACCGUCGCUCUCAAACGUUUAAAUUCGCUCGAACGGAAGCUCGACUCAGAUCCAUUGUUAAGGGCCGCCUAUUCGCAAGUAAUACAGGAAUAUUUAGAUCUGAAACAGAUGAUUCCGGUGAAUAACCCUUCCAAUGAAGGAUUUUAUAUGCCGCACCAUGCGGUAAUCAAAUCAUCGAGUACCACGACCCGGGUUCGUGUCGUGUUCGAUGCAUCGGCAAAAACGAGUAAUGGCACAUCGUUAAACGAUAGGUUAAUGGUGGGGCCGACUAUUCAAGAUACGUUAUUCGUUCACUUAAUUCGAUUCCGUACGUAUAAAUAUGUUCUCACAGCAGAUAUAGAAAAGAUGUAUAGGCAGAUAUUGUUGCACGAGGAUGAUCAGAUAUACCAACGAAUCCUCUGGCGCCAGAACGAUCAAAUAAAGACUUUGCAACUUAACACCCUUACAUUCGGCGCAUCCUCGUCACCGUAUCUGGCUAUACGAACAAUUCAAAAACUAGCCGAUGACGAGCACGACGCAUAUCCUGACGCCGCCCGAGUUCUCAAGACGCACUUAUACGUAGAUGACUUACUUACAGGUACGAAUACCGUUAGCGAAGCUCGCGCGUUGCGGGAUGACAUAAUCACGGUACUUUCUCGAGGCGGUUUUAAUAUUCGACAAUGGGCGUCGAACGACGAACGUAUCAUUAACGAUUUAACCCCCGAUGCGGUGAAUACUAGUCUCAUGCUCGAUAAAAACAACCCCUUGAAAGCAUUAGGCAUAGCAUGGCGCGCACACAACGACAAGUUAUGUUACUCGGUCCGCUCGAUCGAUCACGCCGAAAGAAUCACAAAGCGAACGAUUUUUUCCGAAAUCGCAAAGAUUUUUGAUUCUUUAGGCGUCUUAGGCCCUGUCAUAUUAUACGCUAAAAAAUUGAUGCAGAAUUUAUGGCAGUGCAAGGUAGAUUGGGAUGAAUCCGUCCCAUCCAAUAUACACAAAACGUGGAUAGAGUUCGCGACUCAAUUAGAUUUAAUGAAUGAGCUAUCCAUGGAUCGCCCUGUGUUGAUUUCGGAUUACACCGAUGUUCAAAUACAUGGAUUUAGCGACGCGAGUAACAUCGGUUACGGUGCCUGCAUUUACCUUCGUUCGACCGAUCAACGCAACAACGUACGUUGUCGUCUACUUUGUGCGAAAUCUCGCGUCGCACCAUUAAAAACUGUGACGAUACCUCGCCUCGAAUUAUGCGGUGCGCUCCUGCUAGCCAAAUUAUAUCGCGAAGUACAUCGUGCGUUAGGAAUAUCCCCUAGCAAGACGGUGUUAUGGAGCGACUCGACCAUUGCGUUACAUUGGGUGAAAACUCCACCUCAUCUAUUAAAAACGUACGUGUCCCACCGCGUUGCUCAAAUCCAAGAAAUUACUGACUUACAAGCUUGGCGACAUAUUCGAUCCGAGGAUAAUCCGGCCGACGCGCUAUCACGGGGUCAGUUACCGCAGGCUUUCCUGAAUAACCAAUCAUGGUUUUCCGGACCAUUGUGGCUAACGAAAGAGGAAGGCGAAUGGCCUAACGGUAUCGUAGAAUUAAAGGAAUUACCCGAAUUACGAAAAAAUAUAUGUAUAGCGACGGUUUCUAACGAUUGUAGCUUCCUUAAGAAAUAUUCGUCAUAUUCACGAUUAUUAAAAAUCACAGCAUUAUGCCUACGUUUUCGACCAAAGAACACUUACCGCGGGCAGCUAGGCAUAACGGAAAUAAAUGACGCGGAAACGAGAAUUAUAAAGAUCAUUCAAAAAUCUUGUUUUUCACGCGAAUUGAAUGAACUUGCGAAUGGGCGCCCGAUAAAGAAAGGCAAUAUUGCCGCGCUAAAUCCGUUCCUCGACGAAAAUGGUUUGAUUCGCGUCGGCGGACGCCUCAGACUAUUAAAGUUAGCCUUCUCGCAAAAGCACCCAAUUUUACUACCAAGUCAUUAUUUCUUAACGGAUUUAAUUAUGAGAGAAACGCAUGAAAAAUACUACCACGCCGGCAUACAAACGACUUUGUAUACGAUUAGACGCAAAUUUUGGCUACUCGACGGUCGAAACCAGGUGCGUAAAAUCAUACGAUCAUGCAUACGCUGCUUUCGAUUCAACGCCGGCUCGGUCGAUUACAAAAUGGGCGAUUUACCUAAAUCCCGAGUGAGUAACGCGACUCCCUUCGAUAAUACCGGGAUCGAUUUCUGCGGCCCUUUCUACAUUAAGGAGAAAAAGUAUCGAAAUCAAAGGCGAAUCAAAGUAUACGUAUGUGUGUUCGUAUGUAUGGCCGUAAAGGCAGUACAUUUAGAAAUCGUAAGCGACAUGACCACCGAUGGUUUUUUAGCAGCCUUGCGUCGCUUUAUAGCGAGACGAGGGAUACCGACACGCGUCUAUUCGGACAAUGGAACUAACUUUGCAGGUGCGAAUAAUCACCUGAGAGAACUAUAUGUUCUAUUCAACUCCGAUGAACACAGGAAUCGUACGAAUCGAUUCUCGGUUGAACAUCACAUUACGUGGCAUUUUAUACCUCCCAUAGCUCCACAUUUCGGUGGACUAUGGGAAUCCACUGUAAAAGUAUUUAAACAUCAUUUUAAGCGUGUUGUCGGUGAGCUUUUGUUUACAUUUGAGGAACUAAAUACCUUUACUAUAGAAGUCGAAGGAAUAUUAAAUUCCAGACCCAUCUGCGCUCUCUCAUCCGAUCCCAAUGAUCUGUCUGUCCUUACACCUGCACAUUGCUUAAUCGGCAGACCACUGAUUAACAUGCCCGAGCCUGAUCUCUCGUCUGUCCCAGCCAACCGUCUGUCCACCUGGAAACACACCAUGAAGGUGCGGCAAGAUUUCUGGGCUCGCUGGAACCUGGAAUAUGUCAACGAGCUCCAAGUCCGUACUAAAUGGGCUAAAGACGGAGAAAAAAUCAACGUCGGAACGAUCGUCCUCAUCAAGGACAAGGGCCUUCCCUGCGGUCAAUGGGCGCUAGGGAGAAUCGAAGAAACCCAUCCAGGUCAAGAUGGAGUGGUGCGAGUCGUUUCCGUGAAAACGGCAACCGAAACAUUAAAGCGAACCGUGAAGUGUUUAUAUCCACUUCCCUUCGAUCAAUAA